UGUCCCCUCCACACUCGACAUUCAUAUUCAUGCACCCAGGCCACAACGCCACCUUUCCUCUCCUCUUAUAUACUCUUCCUUUUCCUCAUCUCUUCUUAGUUCUUACCUUCAACAACUCUCUAAUCUUCAACCUUAAUUAACAUCCCACACAAACACAAUCAUGCUUUCCCAUCUUCAUUUGGAUGCCACUGAGCUCAGAUUGGGCCUCCCCGGCUCCAAUGACGACGUGCCUUCCACCAACAAGAGACCCUCCCCCGAGGACCAUCAAACUCCACCCGCGCCAAAAGCGCAGAUAGUGGGGUGGCCGCCGGUGAAGUCGUACCGGAAGAGCACGGCCGCAUCACAGAAUGCGGAGGCGGAGAGUGGGAUGUAUGUGAAAGUAAGCAUGGAUGGAGCUCCUUAUCUAAGGAAGAUUGAUAUCAAGCUUUACAAUGGAUAUUCCCAUCUUCUCACUGCUUUGGAAGACAUGUUCAAGCUCUCUAUAGGUGAAUAUUCAGAGAGGGAAGCGUACAAAGGGUCAGAAUAUUCGCCUGCGUACGAGGAUAAAGAUGGCGAUUUGAUGCUCGUUGGAGAUGUUCCAUGGGAAAUGUUCAUGCCUUCUUGCAAGAGACUGAGGAUCAUGAGAGGAGCAGAUGCCAGAGGUUUGGCUUCUGCUCAAUAGUUGACGAUGAAGCGCGACCUAGUUGAUAAGACGCUUCUGUUUUAUCAAUGUUUUAUGAUCAUGUAAUGUUUUUUGUUUUUUAAUUGAAAAAAAAAACAUACUAUAUACUUAGGUGUAGAGGAAUACUGAGAAAAUACAUACUAUAUAUAUUCAUUGUUUCGAGUUGGGUUUGUGUUUUUUCGAUCAUAUUGUGAUACAAUAUGGUUGAUAUUGUUGCUCAAUUCUAGUUUUUCUUGAAUAGAAUUCUGGAUUCUAUUUUACAUGUAUUGUUGCUAUUAUCCACAAUAUCUGAGAUUGAGGAAAAAUUUGUUCUUCGUUUUAUA